AUGGAUCUCAAGCAUGGUAGCAUGGACAACAAUGUGGUCGUCAGGGAAUUCAACAGGGAAAAGGACUGGGAGGUGGUAGAGAAGCUUGAGAGGAACUGCGAGGUUGGGUCUAGAAAAGAUUACUCCAUCCUUACUAACACGUUAGGAGACCCCCUAUGUAGGGUUAGGCUUCAUCCUCUCCAUGUUAUGUUGGUUGCUGAGUUGGUGGGAGAUGGAGAGGUGGUUGGAGUGGUGAGAGGCUGCAUGAAGUGUGUGGGAACUGGCCUUGAGACUGGCCAAGUGUGGAUGAGCUACAUCCUUGGCCUUAGGGUCUCCCCUAAGCAUAGGCGUAUGGGAAUUGGACUAAAGCUCAUGAAAUCAGUUGAAGCUUGGGCAGAAAGAAAUGGAGCACGAUAUGUUUUCUUGGCCACAGAGGAGAACAAUGCUGCCUCCAUAAAUCUUUUUGUUCUUAAAUGUGAUUACAUAAAACUAAGCUCUUUAGCAAUAUUGUUUCAACCACUUGAAGCUUGUAGCAAGAAGAACCCAUCUGGUGAUGUGAGGAUAGAGAAGCUGACUGUUGAGAAAGCUAUUUCAUUAUAUAAAGAUCGACUCGGAGGUGAGAAAUUCUUUCCGGCCGACAUUGAUGUCAUUCUUAAAGAAGAUCUCAGCCUUGGUACGUGGGUGUCAUACUUCAAGGAAGAGCAUUGGGAUGGUUUGCAUUGCAAAGAGAAUGAUAAAGAGUUCCUUAGCAAAACUCCAAGCUCUUGGGCCAUCCUUAGCAUGUGGAAGACUUACGAAGUUUACAAGCUUCAGGUAAAAGGAGCACCUUCAGUUAGGUGUAUUAAUACUACUCUUACCCAUAUAAGAUCCAAAAUCCUCGGUUGUUUAAGAGCUCCUUCAUCUUGUGAACUUCUCGCUGGUCCAUUUGGUUUUCUCUUCCUCUAUGGGCUUCAUGGUGAAGGGGAGAGAAUGGGUGAUCUUAUGAAAUUUUUGUGGUGCUUUGCUCUUAGUUUGGCCAAGGAUGUGACUGACUGCAAAGCUAUUGUCACUGAGGUGAGUAAUUGUGACCCUCUAUGUGGGCAUUUGUCAUGGGGAUCCUCCAUAUCACGCAUCAAUGAUGUAUGGUUUUUGAAGAAGUUGGGUGGUGGUGCAGGAAAUGACAGUAUCAAUUGGACUGCUGCAUCUCAACUAUCCCGGGUUUUUGUUGAUCCAAGAGAUUUUUGA